AUGUAUGCGAUGAAAUGUAUUUGUUCGAGAAAAAUGCAUGAACCAAACAUUGAGAACAUCGCAAUAAAGUUGGAAACCAAAUAGUGACACUCGUUGUUUGGUCUCGAUUGCGACACAGCAUACACAAACGAAUCAAAGAAGGGAAAAAUUUCGCGACAAAAGAAUUUAACAAGUAAAUCUGAGCUAAAAGUGAUCUAACCGAAAACCCAAAAUAUUGGGCGAUUUGGAUAAAAAGGAAACAUCAAAAUGGCUAUUGGAAGUUCAGUGUACCAGCCGACGACAGUGUCUUAUGAACCGCGACCAGGGAGUUUGUUGAGCCAAACAACAGCCGUAUCGCCGCUGCAGGUGUUACGUAAACCGUAUGUUCAACUGAUUUUGUUGAUACUAGGAGUUCUUUCCAUUACAUUCGGCAUUGUUUUGAUAGUCAACGCGAGCGAUGAUUAUGAACACGCCGAAGAACAUCGUGGCGAGCAACCGAUGGAAAUGAUUGAAACCGCCGAAGCUAUUGAUAUUUCAUUGAUUGUGGGCGGUAUCCUGUUGACACUGUUCGGUUUCGUAUUAAUUGCACUGUACAUUAAAGUGGCCGAAUGGCGAAGACAUUGCAUGUGCCCAUGCGGGCUGUCGAAGAAACAAGGUUUGGCGCGACAACUUCAGAGCGGAACUGGUGGAACACAGUUGCCAUUGAAUCCAUCCACAGAUCCACUUGUAUCGCAUACACAGUAUGCUCCCGUCUCCGAAUUACCACGACCCGACGACGAAGAGUGUCGCACUUUGAUGACAGACAACAAGGAUUGUCUCAGCAGCGCUGAAGAAUCUGAUCGAAUGUUGGACCCAGAUCCACGUAUCGUACUUCGCCCACUCGGACACGUUGAAGACGCCUAAACUACUUGAAUUCAACGCUUUUCAGUUCGUUUUUGCACAGCAUGACAAAUUCAUACUACUUGAUUGAGGCCCAUGGCUUCGAUCAUCGUCUGAAAUCUACUAAAUUAAUCACGUGAACACAACAUAGUGUGUGUUUUUUAAAUCGGCAGAUUAUUGUGUUAGUGCAUUUUAUGUGCAAUAAUCGAAAAAGACCAUUGCGAUAUUUAUCGGAAUUUCGCAAAGACGAAACAAAAAAAAAAACAGUUACAUCACUAGCUUAUUUAAGGUUUUAUUUUUGUUUUCUUCAAAAUACACGUACUUAUCAUUUAUAGUCAAUAGGGCUCCAAGGACUUGCCGUGAACUUGGAUUUUUUCUUACAUUCGGCAUAUUAAGUUAAUUUAUUUGUCAUAACAAUUGCAUUCAUCACGCAAACUUCAAGAAUUGUAUACGUUUUUUGUGUUCUUCAAAACACAUUCUGUCCAGCCCAUCAUCAUUUUUGAUAAAUUAUUUCUUUUUUUUUUAUUGGAACAAAAUCAUAUAAUCUCACCUUGGAAUCAAUGCUUUCCGGGAGCCCAUUAGAAUCUCAUGUAGCUACUUUUGAUCAAUCAUUUGCCAAGUGUAGCAUUUUCAAGGGAGUGUCAAUCAAAAUCGUGAACUUAGUUCACAAUUUCACGCGCGAUCUCCUUAUGAAGAGAUAAAGUUAGAAGAAAGACGAAUAUUUGAUUGUAUUUACACAUGCUGAGAGCGACUUUUAUCAUUUUCAUGUAGUUUAUUUUCGGAAUGUCAUUGAAACUAUUUCAAUUUGGAAAAUGUUUGGCAGGUCCAUUGCGAAUGGAAUUUGGUAGAUAGGAAAACAAAAAAAACGUGGCAUUUGAGCAGAGUUACGUGAUAGAUUUAAGAAGAUACUUUUAUGUUUUUACAUAUUCAUCAAAAUUUGUCAUCAUAUCUUCAUUCAUUUUGAAUUAUUGAUUUAAAUGACAUUAAAAUAAAAUUUAUACAUGUUAAUUUAUAUCUCGUUUUGGUUACAUUCGGUACUUAUGACUUGCUUAUUCUAAUGCAAUCAUUCCAGCUCGAUACAUUUGACAUAGACAUACUUUUAUCGUACAACUUUCUCCAUAGCAAUAGCAUUUUAAAAAUGAAAUCGAGUGAUAACAAACAACAAAUUGUUCUAGUUUCAAUAAAUACAUUUGACAACUGAUAACUAACUCUACUGCAUCGAAAUCUGGAAUGGCAACGAAACGGAAAAUUCAAAAACCCAAAUGUACGAAUGUACCAUUUUUAAUUCAUACAUUUCAGCCUUAAAACAAAACUGACACGAAGUGUUCUCCCAAAACGAUACAGAUGGCAUCAAUCAAUAUUUUGAUCGGAUGGACUCUGAAUUUUGCUCAAAGAACGCAUUUGUUUCACUUUUGCUUGAAGGCAACCAUACGAGUUACUAAUGAUAAUGUUUAAGCAAAUGUGAAUCUAUGUUUAGAUAUGGAAAAGACUUCAAUAAAGCAACUAUUUUACCCGUCCGUAGAAAAAA